CAUUUUAAAUUUCCAGUAUCUAUAGCCCGCCUUAUAGUUGCAAUAUUGUUUGUAUACGUAAAUUAGGAAUCAGAGACCUUCAGUCUGCUAAGCGCUUAUAUUAAGCUGUUUUCGACGCUAGUUUUUUGUACAGUCAAGUAACUGUCGUCUAUCCAUGAGGUUCAAUGUAAUUUUGUUAAAAGUGAAACGGUGAAAAUAAUUUUAAAAAACGAUGUCAACCGCAAGUUCACAUCCGUAUAGUAAUCUCAGUUUAACGACCGAUCCCCUUGCUACAUUAAUGAAGCCUGAUAUUAUUUCAAUGUCAAAAAAUAGUCAAGUUAUAAACGGUGGCGGUGGUGAUUUGACAUCAUCUUCUACCACAUCAUUAAAUCGUACAAAUCCCUCCAUAAAUUCAUUGAAUGUUAGUAGUCACACAUUGGAUAAAGUGAAAGUUGCAAAAGUUACAUUGGAAUAUUACUACGACAAUUUAAUUGUUCAGUAUCGAGAACGUCAAAAUAGGUACAAAAUUUUAGAGUCAAUGAUGGAAAGUGAAGGCUUAACAGAAGAACAAAAACAAAUCAAACGUACACAACAUGCUCUCAAAGAAAGUGAAUUUCUCCGACUUAAACGAGCACGACUCACAGUUGAUGAUUUUCUACCUCUUAAAAUAAUUGGUAAAGGAGCAUUUGGUGAAGUAAGAUUAGUUCAAAAACAAGACAAUGGCUAUAUUUAUGCUAUGAAGAUUUUGCAUAAAGCAGAUAUGCUACAAAAGGAUCAAGUGGCUCAUGUAAGAGCUGAACGUGAUAUUCUAGUCAAAGCUGAUAAUCCUUGGGUUGUGAAAAUGUUUUAUUCAUUUCAAGAUUCGGUCAAUCUGUAUUUAGUUAUGGAAUUCCUUCCAGGUGGUGAUAUGAUGACACUGUUGAUGAAACGAGAUACGUUGACAGAAUCUCAAACACAAUUUUAUAUAGCAGAAACCGUUCUAGCAAUAGAUUCAAUACAUAAAAUGGGUUUUAUUCAUCGUGAUAUUAAACCUGACAAUUUAUUACUGGAUGCAAAGGGUCAUAUUAAAUUGAGUGAUUUUGGCUUAUGUACAGGUUUGAAAAAAGCUCAUCGAACAGAUUUCUACAAAGAUUUAUCUCAAGCUAAACCAAGUGAUUUUUCCUCUGGUCGUGCAGACUCCAGGAGAAGAGCUGAAGGUUGGAAUAAAAAACGACGAAGAUUAGCUUAUUCUACUGUUGGAACACCGGAUUAUAUUGCACCUGAAGUAUUUCAACAUCAUGGUUACACAAAUUCGUGUGAUUGGUGGUCACUUGGUGUUAUUAUGUAUGAAAUGCUGAUAGGCUACCCACCGUUUUGUUCAGCUACACCACAAGAAACGUAUAAAAAAAUUAUGAGUUGGAAAGAGGCAUUAUUUUUCCCACCUGAAAUGCCCAUUAGUAAUCAUUCAAGAAACUUAAUACAAUCUUUAUGUUGUGGGGCAGAAACACGUUUAUCAAGUAUUGAAGAUAUACGAAAACAACCAUUUUUUCAUGCAGUUGACUGGGAGCAUAUACGUGAACGACCUGCAGCGAUUCCAGUGAGUAUACGUUCAAUUGAUGAUACUAGUAAUUUCGAUGAAUUCCCCAAUGCUGAUUUAAGUUGGCCUAAUGUUACAGAUCCUAUGAAAAGCUAUCAGAAAAAUUUAGCUUUUAUAAAUUAUACUUAUAAGGCAUUUGAUGGUUGGACAAAUAACGACCGAAUAUUAGAUCGUCAAUUAUAUCAACAACAAAAAUUUCAACGUCAUCAAACUGCCUUAUCAUCUAGAAGUAGUAUACUGUCCGAUUUAACUGGAAUAAAGAAUAAAUCUUCAACAUAAUGAAUUAAUUCUUUAUUGAUUACACAUUAAAUUACCUAUUUCCACCUCCGUUCCCCUCGUCACACACAUAUAUUUAUAUAUAACUAGUGUUUCGUAUCUUUACAUCUUUGUACCUAUCUCAUAUUUGUCACUGUUUUGUUUCUUUUCUUCUGGUUAUUUUUUUUUGAGAGAUCUUUUCUUAUAAAUAAAACUAUCAAUGUAGUUUUAAAAAGGUUUGGUUAUUAUGUAUAUCACUUGAAAAAUUACCUUUUGUCUUUCCAUGAACUCCUUACUAUAUAAUCAUCAUUCUGUUGUAUUGUGUUUCAUAACAUUGGCUCACUUGUAUUUGUUUCUUUUGUUACUUCUUUUUCUGCUUCACUUAUUCCCUCGGUUUACACGAAUAUUUGUAUUUCUUUUUCUUCUGGAUUGAGUGCUUCUUUAAAAUGGAGGAAAUAUUGUUCUUCAAUAUGUAUAGUGUAAUUGAACUGUUGAGAUGAAAGCUCUUUACAUUUUGCUGUUGAUUAUUGUUCCAUUCGAUUCUGUUUGUUAUUCGCAUGUAUUCUGAAUUGUCUUUUAGAGUACUAAUGAUUGUUAAUUUGUAACCAUUUCAGUGUAUACCACAUUCCCACGUUUCUCCUAAAUUGCAUUCCUUGGACAAUAACAUAUAACGUUCCAUAUUUGUUCAAGUUAUAGUUUUUUAUUCUGCCAUAUAAAAUGUGCCUUGUUUCAUCUUUUUCUUUCUUUUUUAGGUUGUUACUCUCACGUCACUACUUUCUUUAUAUUCACUUCAUUCUUGUAGAUUUUCUCUGUUUCUAUCUAAUCUGUUUUGUUCUGCUCAAUUCUAAUCUGUUUCGUUUACUGUUCAGCUUUUUUGCUUUAAUGAACUGCAUUAUCUUACUGUAAUUUUAAUUCAGACUUAGUUAUUUCAAGACUAAGUUGACUAAUGUCUGUUUAUAUGUUUAUCUGAUGUUCAGUCCAUCUAUUGUUUGUAAUUACCAACUAGUUUACUAUUUCUACAAAGAGAUUAUUAUCAUUCAUUUAAACCAAAAAGUAUAUAUUUUUGUCUACUAAUAUAAUUAAUAAUAAUACUUCUACAACUUUUACCAUUGAAGUGAACAAACUAAUUUAUCUUUACACUUUUUGGUAGUUCCAUUGUUUUCUUCGAGUUAAUAAUCACACCAGUCAAACAAGACGACUUUUUUCUCUCUCUCUAAACUUCUAUUUCAUUCUCUGUUCUUUGUAGACCACUAAUCACCACAACAUUGGAAAUCAUUGAUGUAUACGUUUCAAAUUAUUUUUUACUAUGUUGUUAAUAUGUUCUAUAAAUAAUGCUGAGAAACAGAGAUUUUCGUUUUAUUUACAUACAAAAUCAGAUUUGAAAUCUGUGCGCAUCAAUGGUAUUUUUAUUGAAGUAUACAACCGGUUUUAGUUGUGUUGAUGAUGAUCUAUUUAUUCUAAAAGAAUAAAAGCUUGAAUGGUAAAACCAUAGAAAAAAAUCAUAGAAAUCAUUUUGACUACCAUCUAAUUAUCGGUUAAUAAUUAUUCAACCAAAUCUCUCAGAGUAAUGGAUAUAUCUGUCCAAUCGAUAUUUCAGUCAUUCACACACAAUAAGGAUGAUGAUAAGGUGGUCACUUUUUUGUUGAUUAUGACGAAUCUUGAGACAAACUACUACGUUGUCUCGGAUAGAGUUUCUUCUUAUUCUUCUUUCUGCUUAUUUUUGUUUAUUCACAAAGAAGUGAUAUUGUUUUGUUCCUCUAAUCUAUCUUCUCGGUUUUCUCUGUCAAUUUACUUGGAAUCUGUGUUAUUAUUGAUUCUCGUUACUAUUAUUAUCAUUAUUAUUCCAUCUUACUAUAGACAUUACUAUUUAUCAUCAUUUUUAGUGUUCUGUGUACAAUAGAUGAUGAAUAAAAAAAUUGUAACUCUUUUAAUAAUGAUGAUAUUUUUACAUCCAUUAUUUUUCAUAUCAGGAUGAAAUUUAAUAGAAGAACAUAUUUUAUUAUCAUCUGUUUAGUGAAUCUAAAUCAUUAUAUAUUAUGAUCAAAUGUACGAGCAUAUUUUUCUCCGUACUUAGACCAAUAAUCGAUAAAAUGCUACUAGCAAAAAUUACUACUGUC